UUGUCGUUUAUAAUGUUUGCUUUGAUUGCGAACGUUUUAAAUUAUUCGAGGUAACACUUCACAUUUGCUUAUAAGCAAAGACAUGUUGGUUAGCGAUCAUUACUUUCUAGUGCUGAUAUAAUAUUUGGUUCAAUACCAUACCCCAGCUACUGGUUUUCAGCUAAAAUCUAGAAAGUAAAUCGUUCAACAAAACAAAAGUUUUACUUCUGAAUAUCUUUAGUAUAGUAGUAGUAUAUAUCUUUAGUAGUUUAGUAUACUCGUACUUCAUCGCCACCUAAUUUGCCAGAAUUCACACCAGUAAAGAUGUCGGACUGCGAGAGUGACAUCGUUCCCUUCAACAAUGAACGUAAAAUAGAAAGUUCCCAUAAACGGACAACAUCGACAGGCAAACGCAAGACACCCACAAAAUCUGCUAUUAUAAGCAAAAAAAAUAAGACAGAUAUAUUCGGGCUCCGACAUGAACGGAGCGAUGAAUGUGAUGGCUCGUCAACGCCUGUGUUGUCUACGUUCUUCGUUACAAGAUUAGCAAACGGCAACGAGCGCCGGACUGCAAUCACCUCCGGCGAGUACUAUAUUGACCUCAAGGUGUAUCAAACUAAUGACGCUCGUGAAACAGACUCUCAAGAACUAUGGAGGAAAGCGCUACUUCGAUUAAAACUCCAGACUGACGGUGACACCAUCCAGUGGCGUAAACUCCAAGCGUUCGUGCAGUCUGCAGAUGAGCUGUUUAUGAAGCCGCCAACGUUUUUUUCGUCUAAUGCAUAAGAUCAAUUACUUGUCGCAUAUUUUAAAUACAAUUUAAUCAAUAUAUUAUUACACUUUUAGUUUGUUUUUUAUUAUGUGCCUUGCGAUGAAAAAGCAUACUGCGUACCAGUCUGUGUUACAGACGAUUGUACCAGUUGUGAGCGCGCAAUAGCA